GGUGUAUUUCGUAUUUGUACAACCAGGUUCACGGAAAGGCGCAAACCCUGAUAUAUUUGUUUCUAUUGCGUCUAAAUCUACGGAACGAUGAGACCAACUGUGCAAGAUGAAAUGGAGGAUGAUUUGAUUGCUGAGGAAGAGAAUAAGCUCAUCAAUGAGGAGUACAAAACAUGGAAAAAGAACGCUCCUUACCUGUAUGACAUGGUUAUCACCCAUGCAUUUGAUUGGCCAAGUCUCACUUGUCAGUGGUUCCCAGACAAAGAAUCGCCGCCAAAUAAGCCAUACACUGUUCAUCGUCUUCUCCUCGGCACUCACACGUCCGGCCAGGCUCAGGAUUACCUUCGAAUCGCGACUGUCCAGAUACCUAAACGUGAGGGUGUGUCUGCCGACAAGCUCGAUCGCGCAGACUACGACGAUGAGCGCGGAGAGCUUGGCGGACACACUAUCCCACCACAACCUCGCAUUCAGAUUACCCAAAGAAUCAAUCAUGACGGCGAAGUCAACAAGGCUCGAUACAUGCCCCAGAACCCAGAUCUGAUAGCGACGAAAGCCAUUUCUGGGGAGGUCCUCGUGUUUGAUCGUACAAAGCAUUCAAGUGAGCCAGAAAGGGGAGGCGUGUGCAAGCCUGACAUACGUUUGGUGGGACAGCAAAAGGAAGGCUAUGGUUUGGCUUGGAAUCCCGCGAAGGCUGGUCACGUCUUGGGUGCUUCAGAAGAUAUGACGGUCUGUCAUUGGGAUAUUAACUCCUACACUAAAGCGAAAAAUACGAUUGAGCCCACCACCGUGUUUAGAGGCCAUACAUCUGUGGUCGGGGAUGUGGAUUGGCAUUCAACUAAAGAAAACAUACUGGCCAGUGUGGGAGAUGACAAGAUGCUAUUGAUCUGGGACACAAGGACGCCAACUGAUGCCGUGACAAAAGUUCAAGCUCACGAACGAGAAGUUCUCUCAUGCGCUUUCAGUCCUGCUAGAGAACAUUUGAUGAUCACAGGGAGCGCGGAUAAGACCAUCAUUCUCCACGACAUCAGGUCGCCCACCAAAAAGCUACACGUCUUCGAGUCUCAUACGGACGAAGUAUUACACCUGGCGUGGUCGCCACACGAUGAUGCCAUCUUUGCAUCAGCAUCUAGCGACAGGAGGAUCAAUAUAUGGGACAUAUCCCAGAUUGGUGUCGAGCAAACUCCAGAUGACCAGGAAGAUGGGCCUCCAGAGCUCAUGUUUGUUCACGGAGGUCACACAACCCGUCCCAGCGACCUUUGCUGGGCACCUGGCAUAGAUGAGAACUGGACACUCUCGAGCACUUCAGAAGAUAACGUCGUAAUGGUCUGGCAACCCACUAUGCGAGUGUGGGCGGGCGAUGAAGUGAAAAUUGAUGAAACAGAAUUGGAGGGCGAGGCUAUGGAAGGCGUAGAGACUGCAGCAGCCCUGGAGGGUGCCAAAAGUGCCAACGCAAGUGGUGCAACGAGUGCGCGGAGCCAGAGUAUGAGUAUAAGUGCAACUGCCAGUGUUUCAGGAGGUGAUGGAGAGGAAGAAGAUAGUUAAUGUAUCUGAGUAUGUGUUUUUUAAAGUGUCGUGUGCUAUCCACAACGGCAAACCCUGUAACCGUUGAUAUACAAAACAGAUUGUAAAAUGAAUGACGAAUCUCGAAAAGCCGUGUGCAAUACAAUGUGGUGACAUGCCUAUGUUCCACCCAG